GCCACGUCGACUGUGGGACAAAGGCGGCGCGUAUUUCUAAGUGGAGCCCCCGUCAACCAACCACCAACAACGAUACCCUCGAUCAAUUGCAACAAUGAAGAAGUUCAUCUUCUUCACUGCGCUCGUCUAUCUUGCGGCGCUCAUUGCAUUCCCGUUACUGUCCAAUGCCGAUUCUAAGAAGGAGGAGUACGGUACCGUCAUUGGUAUCGAUCUCGGUACUACCUACUCCUGUGUAGGUGUCAUGAAGUCUGGUCGCGUCGAAAUUCUUGCCAAUGACCAGGGGCACCGUAUCACUCCAUCGUACGUCGCAUUCACUGACGAAGAGCGUCUUGUCGGAGACGCCGCUAAGAACCAGGCUCCUGCCAACCCCACCAACACCGUCUUCGAUAUCAAGCGUUUGAUUGGUCUUCGGUUCGAUGACAAGCAGGUGCAGAAGGACCUUAAGCACUUCCCUUUCAAGGUUAUCAGCAAGUCCGGCAAGCCCGUUGUUCAGGUUAAGGCGCAAGGUGAGGAGAAGAUCUUCACUCCAGAGGAGAUUUCUGGUAUGAUCCUGGGUAAGAUGAAGGAGGUGGCCCAGGAUUACCUUGGAAAGAAGGUUACCCAUGCUGUCGUCACUGUCCCCGCCUAUUUCAAUGAUGCUCAGCGUCAAGCUACCAAGGAUGCUGGUACUAUUGCUGGUUUGAACGUUCUUCGUGUCGUUAAUGAACCUACUGCUGCUGCUAUCGCCUACGGUCUUGACAAGAAGGGUGGUGAGCGCCAGAUUAUUGUCUACGACCUUGGAGGUGGUACGUUCGAUGUCUCUCUUUUGUCCAUCGAGGAUGGUGUUUUCGAGGUUUUGGCGACUGCUGGUGACACUCACCUUGGAGGAGAGGAUUUCGACAACCGCGUCAUCGACCACUUUGUCAAGAUCUACAACAAGAAGAAUGACGUCGAUAUGUCUGUGCGCAUCGAAAUUGAGGCUUUUCACGACGGUGAGGACUUCUCCGAGACUUUGACUCGUGCUAAGUUCGAGGAGCUCAACAUGGACUUGUUCAAGAAGACCAUGAGACCUGUUGAGCAGGUUCUUAAGGAUGCUGGUGUCAAGAAGUCUGAGAUUGAUGACAUCGUUCUCGUCGGUGGUUCUACUCGUAUUCCUAAGGUUCAGUCCCUUUUGGAGGACUACUUCAACGGUAAGAAGGCUUCUAAGGGUAUUAACCCUGACGAAGCUGUUGCCUACGGUGCUGCAGUUCAGGGUGGUGUUCUUUCUGGCGAGGAGGGUGUUGAUGACGUCCUUCUUCUUGAUGUUAACCCUCUUACUCUCGGUAUCGAGACCACUGGCGGUGUUAUGACCAAGUUGAUUGGUCGCAACCAGCAGAUUCCUAACAAGAAGACUCAGAUCUUCUCCACCGCUGUUGACAACCAGCCUACCGUCCUCAUCCAGGUCUACGAGGGUGAGCGUGCGCUUACUAAGGACAACAACCUUCUUGGAAAGUUCGAACUUACUGGUAUUCCUCCCGCCCCUCGUGGUGUUCCUCAAAUUGAGGUCACUUUUGAGGUUGAUGCCAACGGUGUCUUGACCGUAUCCGCCGCUGACAAGGGCGCUGGCAAGACGGAGUCUAUCACCAUCACCAACGAUAAGGGACGUCUUUCCAAAGAGGAAAUUGAGCGUAUGGUCCAGGAGGCCGAGGAGAUGGCCGCUCAGGACCAGGAGCUUCGCGAGAAGAUCGAGUCCCGUAACGGUCUCGAGAACUACGCUUACUCCCUCAAGACCCAGGUUGCCGAUGAGGAUGGUCUCGGAGGCAAGUUGGAUGCCGAUGACAAGAAGGCUUUGUUGGACGCUGUGAAGGAGACUAUGGAGUGGUUGGAGGACAACGCUAGCACCGGUACCAAGGAGGAGUUUGAUGAGCAGAAGGAGAAGUUGUCCAGUGUUGCUCACCCAUUGGUAUCUAAGCUUUACGGAAGCGGUGGUGGUUCUGGAGCGACGCAGAUGGACGAUGAUUAUGACUUCGGUCAUGAUGAGCUUUAAAAUGGAUGGUGUAAUCAUAUCUUUCAGGUGGCGUUAGACAUGUACGUUAUUUUUGGAAAGGCAUAAAUAA